AUGGAGCUGACCUUUGAAUACUGGCCAUCAGUCGAAACCAAAAUUGGUUCAGAUCGAGACCUUGUUUUUUCGUCAACAAAGCCUGAGAACAAGUCCAGGUUUAAGGCUACGUCUACGACAAGCGACAACGGGAGCAAAGAAGAUCUUCUGAAAGAGGAAAAUGAUGCAAGACAAGAAUUCUUAGCAGCUAGUCCAGUCGGAUAUGAGGAGAAAGGCAGUGAUGAAAGACCUGUGGAUGAGAGUAGAGCCGAGAAGUCGAGCGCUGAGUCAUCGUCAAAUACAGAGGACAGUAGCCGGAGUAGAACGACUGGCUCCGCAGAAGAUGUAGGCACACUUCAUUGUGACCAAUUCGCAUGGUUUUGGCGGUCUUCUGAACCCUUGAAAAUCGCUCUGCUAACUUUCAAAACGUUUCCGUUCAUGCUGAUUUGUUAG